AUAGCAAGCGACUGACCUCUUUCUUUACAGAAACUUUUCCUCUACUCAUGAUCCUAACAGGUGUUAUUGGAGGUGUAAUAAUCAUCAUAGCUAUUGUCGCGGUGAUAAUUCUUUGCCAGAGGAGAGAAAAGAAACCAGAAGACUGCAGGGAAGAAGAGAGACAAUACAAAGAAUCAGACAGGUCCUUGAAUGUCUCAGACUUGAAGAGGGAGUUAUGGACAGGCUCAUCUGUAAGCAAUGUCCACUGUGAACUUGAGUAUGGACCUGAUUCAGAUACUGGAAGUGAGAGCAUUGUUACAAGAGUUGGAGUACCUCUUGCAGGGCCUGUACCUAUGCCAGUCAAUGGUGGAGAGCACAUAUACCGGUACUCAGCAGAGUUUACAGUUCCUGUCCUUCCUCUCAAAGUAAGUAACAAAUGCCUUUGUUAUCAGUGGUGAAACUUGACAUUUCAAAAGUGUCUGCCAAAUUCUGAGACUGAGGGAGGUGACGAAAAUUCUGGCAGUUGAAUGUAGACAACUGUGAAAUUUUGACAUAAAAAUCAAUUAAGGACAAAGUGGGAACCAAAUAUAAAAAGUUAAAAAUUGUGAGUAAUUACUGAGCUUGCCUUUAUUUUUAUCGCACUUGUAUGUGUUCUAUACAAUUGUUUUUUACUGAAAAUAAUUAUCAGAGUUUCAAAAGUUCUGUUUUCUGUGUCUUACAGAAGUUUCAUCUCAGUGGUCAUUAUUGAUAACCUAGUGACCUGAAUCUGAAUGUGGUGUAGGCUAAGCAUGGACCUUCAUCAGAGCAGAAAAUGUCUGCUCAAGAGACGUGCUGGUUGCAGGAACCACUAAUAACAAGCAGAUCAUUUUUUACUUCUAGUAAUGACAUACUCAGAUUUAUACACUAAUAUAACUUCCAGGGUAAAUAUACUAGAGGAUUAAAAGAAGUUGAAGCAAUCUGAAGCUCAUCUGCACAUACUCAUAAGAAUUUAGCUUUUCAUAAGUGCGUGUGUAGUGAAGAGUUGGCAGCCUUAUGAGGAUAUUUCCAUUAUAUUAAAGCAAUUAGUGGGAUAUGUAACCGCACCAUGCAGGAACAUCAACAAUGUUGUUGAUUUACAUUCUUAAUUACAUUUAAAUGAACUGUAUUACUGAUAACAAGAUGAUACAGAAUAGACCCCAGCACAAACAGACGCCAAGGACAACAUCUGGUCUUUCUGAGGGACAAGCAAGCUGCAGGUCACUUGAAAACCCAGAACGG